UUGUGUAUUAUUGUAGAUGUAGUAUUCAGAUUUACGUUUUGUAUUGCAUCUUGUCUAAAGCAUAUUUCCAAAUGGAUUUUCAAAGCUUCUGGCUUAAUCAUCAGAUGUUUGCCUUUUUGUUCUUCGUGCUGAUGGCGCACACCGCUUAUGGAGACGUGAGCUAUUCUUUCCCGGAGGCGAUGAAACGCGGAUCUGUGAUUGGAAAUAUAGCAAAGGAUCUCGGGCUCGAUGUGAACAGACUGUCAUCUCGUAAGGCUCGCAUUGACACUGAAGGUAACAGAAAACGAUACUGCGACGUUAAUCGGAAUACUGGAGAACUGAUCGUAGCGGAGAGAAUCGACAGAGAGGAGAUUUGUAGUGAGGGGCUUUCCUGUGAUCUUAAUUUUGAAUUAGUUCUAGAACACCCACUGGAGAUACACCGUGUUACAAUACAAAUUCAGGAUAUCAACGAUAACACACCGACCUUUCCCAAAGACACAAUAAAGCUUGAGAUAAGUGAGAUAUCUGGUAAAGGCGCUCGGUUCCGCGUGAAUGAGGCGCAUGAUGCGGACAUAGGACAGAAUGGAGUACAAAGCUAUUCGAUUGAAAAGAAUUACCAUUUUCUUUUAUCUGAACGUACAAAGGCGGAUGGUGGCAAAAAUAUCGAGUUAGUGUUAGAAAGAGAAUUGGAUCGUGAGCAACAAAAACAACUGACAUUAAUUCUCACUGCGGUAGACGGCGGGACUCCACCGAGAUCAGGUACUGUAGCCAUACACGUCACUGUGCUGGAUGCUAAUGAUAAUGCUCCCGUCUUUAGUCAGACCGUCUAUAAAGUCAGUCUGCCUGAAAAUUCUCCUCUAGAUACUGUAGUGGUGAUAGUGAACGCUACUGAUGCUGACGAGGGACAAAAUGGAGAAGUCACAUACGAGUUUAGUCGAAUUUCGAAAAAUGCCAACGUACUAUUUUCUCUAGAUCCAAACAAUGGGGAGAUUAAAGUUAAAGGCCCCAUUGAUUUUGAGAUGGCAUCAAGGUAUGAAAUGCUUAUUGAGGGAAAGGAUGGCUCUGGUCUUUCAUCGGACACUAAAGUAAUCAUAGAAAUUACAGAUGUUAAUGACAAUGCCCCCAUUAUAGUGAUUAAGUCUUUAAAUAGCCCCGUUCCUGAGAAUGCGUUACCCGGUACAGAGGUUGGCAUCAUUAAUGUGCAGGACAGAGACUCUGAGAAGGGCUUUAUGGUUUGA